AUGAUAUGCAUUUCUGAUCAUAUCAAAUGCUUAUAUAACAUAAUUGACCUGCUGGCUGGAAUAAGCGCAUUGAAUACACAUGGGAAGUCAUUUACUGCAUUAGAGGCAGUUACAAUACCUGUAGUUGCACAGUGCAUAGAAUCAAGGCAUCCAGGCAUGCUUUUCCAAAGUAUCAAGUAUGCAUUUAUUUGUAAUUCAAGCAAGAGCAUGCUUGAGAAGAUAUCAGACAUACUCACUGUGGUUAGUAUACAUACAUACAUCAAUCUUGCUUGCACACAAAUUCUUUCUGAGCCAAUCACGCUUGCAAGAAUACUAGGAAUAUCAUGCAUGUGCAUGCUUAUACAACUUGCUUUUCCAGCAACAAUUAGCACGAAUUGGAGAAGAAAGGUAUUCCAUGUUUGUAUAUUUUUUGUGUUCUACAGGCAGGAAAGGCUGUCUUUUGUACUUGCAGAAGGCCUUCUUCUAAUCACAGCGGUUCUUUCAUCUUCCCACUGCAUCAAUGUGCACUUGAUGUUGUUCCUUAGCAACAACGACCGAGGAGCAACUAUUGCUUCUCAUGCAUAUCUUCUUGCAGCAUGUGUGUAUCCAAGGCUGUUCGUAAAAGACGAAGAGUAUGUGUGCUCGCUGAUAUCGAUCUGCUUUCUAGACACAGCGGCGUCUGUGGUUGGACAGCUGCUUGGGAAGAAAUCAAAGUCUGUCCAUGGAAUGGUUUCAGGCAUACUGCUUGCAUUAGUGGUAUACUUUAUUCUUUAUGGAAACCACAGCAGAAUGGUUUAUUUUGUGCUGAUCGGGCUGGCUGAGUACCUUGUUCCAAUUAAUGACAACAUAUCUAUACCAGUGCUUUCAGUACUGUACUUCCGAUACAUGCGCUUCAAUUCCAGCAGCACCCUGCUUUAG